GAAAACUUGUUUGGAUUUGUAGCUUGUCUUCUUCUCCCACACUUGCAGAAACCCUCUGUCCCGGCGGAAUGUAUCGAACGGCGGCGAAGAGGCUUUUCCUCGGCACCUCACUGCGCCGAAAUGGCAACGCCCAUCUCCUCCGUUUCCCUAAUCUUAAACCCAUUGCUAGACCUUCUGCAAACCCUCAACCGUUCACUGAUUCGAAUCCCAAUCAACACGAAUUCCCGAAUCUUUCUGAUUCAACUUCAUAUUCAUCGUCUUCUUCGUCGACGUCAUCGACGGCUGGGGAGCAUACACGAAGCGAGAGGCAGAGACCGGGAAUUGAUUACCAGGAGGAGCAAGCUCGCGUUCUUCAGGCCUCGCUUCCUCACGUGUUGAGAUUGGGAUGGAGUGAAGAAGCUAUGAUUGCAGGUGCAAGAGAGGUUGGUGUUUCUCCAUCAAUAGUUGGAUCUUUUCCAAGAAAAGAAGCUGCUCUAGUAGAGUUUUUCAUGGAUGACUGCUUACAAAGGCUUAUUGAUAGAAUUGAUUUGGGAGAAGAUUUAAAAAACUUGAUUCCAAGCCAGCAAAUAUCUGUGCUUGUCAGAGUUCGCCUAGAAAUGCAAGCACCCUACAUAUCAAAAUGGCCCCAAGCUCUUAGCAUCCAAGCACAUCCAUUGAAUGUUCCAACAAGUUUUAAGCAGCGUGCCAUGCUGAUUGAUGAGAUCUGGCAUGCUGCUGGUGAUGAUGCUUCUGAUAUUAAUUGGUAUGUGACACGGACUGUCCUUGGAGGAAUAUACUCAACAACCGAGAUUUAUAUGCUGACUGAUCGUUCCCCAGAUUUUCGAGAUACUUGGGCAUUCUUGGAUGAUCGAGUGAAAGAUGCGUUUGAUAUGAAGAAAACAAUUAAAGAGGCAACGUAUUUGGCAGAAGCAGUUGGUGUUGGAAUGGGGAAUUCCUUGCAAGGAUUCGUGAAUAAAGUGUUUCAGCGAUGAACAAUAGUUGCUGGAUGUUUCAAAUUACUUAAUAACAAGCUUUAUUCUCAACCUUAUCUUUCUUUUGUGAGUUAUUUUAACAAGGAGUAACUACAGGAUGAGAUAUGAGUAUGCUGAUGGUUCCUCAAAUGUAUAUCCUACAAUUUAGGCUUGGUUCGGUUUUGAAGCUGCAGUUUCAGGACUGAGCUUCUGUCACACUCACCUCUUUGGCGAUGUAAUAUUAACUCUCUGACAUGCUUCACAAAAUAGUCAUUUAUUUAUCUAUCAUAGACAUGUGCUUUCCAGAAAAUUUCUUUUAUUUCUUCCCUCAAAAUGAAAGUAUUAUCGUCGUUUUUAUUUUUUUUUUGGUAAAUGUAUUAUCAAUACUGUUGGAUAGUUUAAAUAAUGGAGUUUGAAGUUC